CUUCCUGGGUCACAAGACCCGUCUAGAUCCUAAAGUCCACCUCCUGAUCAGGAGGAACAUGGUCGUCUCCAUCUGAUCGAUCCGGCACUUCUUAUUUUAUUCUUAAAACUGUGCCCUCGCUGUUGAAAGCCAGGCAACGCGACGCCCUGCGGUUGUGACCGUAUUUCAUUUAGACUGUCAAAUGCCUCUUUCAACAUGGCCCUUCUAUGCGCUCUUGUCGGAUUCACUGGUCUGGCGGUAGCAGCUCUCAAACCCAACUGUCCACACUUUACCGACUAUGCGGCCACUCCCCACGAGCCCUUCUCCGAGGGUAUCCAUAAGCUAUCGUAUCAGCGUCCGGCGCCUGAGUGCCGGACCGCUAGCUUCCCCGAAGUCGAGAAGGUCAUCACCGAGAUGAAGGCGCUCGUCAAGGACCCGGACCUCUACCGUCUUUUCGAGAACACCUUCCCAAACACCCUCGACACCACCAUUGCCUGGACCGGGCUAGCCAGCGAGAACCCGGAUGAAGAGCUCAGCUUCAUCAUCACCGGUGACAUCAAUGCUGAAUGGCUGAGAGAUAGUAGUAACCAACUACAGAGCUACCGUUCUCUGCUUAAACCUAACUCGUCCGAGGGCUCCUUAGCCGCCCUCUACCGCGGCGCAAUCAACUUACAGGCACGUUAUGUCCGCUUCGCUCCUCACUGCAAUGCCUUCCAGCCUCCAGAGGAAUCCGAUGUGGCUCCCACGGACAACGAGGCCGGCGGCGGCUCCGACCACAUCUUUCCGGCCUACUCGACAUCCUCGUUCUUCGAGUGCAAGUACGAAUUGGACUCCUUGGCCGCAUUCCUCCAGCUCUCCCACGACUAUUAUACCGCCACCGCCGACAAGGACUUCUUCGCUCGCUUCAACUGGUCCAAGGCCGUCGCCGUCCUCCUCAACACGACCGACGCCCUACGCGCAGGCACCUACGCCGCCGACGGCACCCUUAACCCAUCGCCCGUCCUCUUCGAGCGUAAGUCCGUUUCGUCAUCGGAGACACUCUCCAACGGCGGCAACGGCGCGCCCACCGAGGGCAGCACCGGCAUGGUCCGCAGCUUCUUCCGCCCCAGCGACGAUAGCUGCAUCUACCAGCUCUUCGUGCCGGCCAACAUGAUGUUCACCCGCUACCUCAACUCGUGCGCCGAGAUCAUGGACAGCAUCGACGCGGGCCUCGCCGAGCGCAUGCGGGACUCGGCCAAGGCCGUCCGCGAGGGUGUCGAGGCCCACGGCAAGACGACGCAUCCUAAGUUUGGCGAGAUUUACUCGUACGAAGUGGAUGGCUUCGGCAGCCACAACAACAUGGAUGAUGCCAACAUCCCCUCACUUCUUUCAGCCCCUCACUACGGCUACCUGUCCGCCCAGGACCCGGUCUACCAAAAUACCCGCCGCUUCGUACUCUCCACUUCGAACCCCUACCAAAUGCGCGGACCUGUCCUCAACGCUACGGGCGGUCCGCACAUAGGGCCCGGCAAUGCCUGGCCCAUGGCCCUGAUCGCGCAGCUCAUGACCUCAGACGAUGACGACGAGAUCGCAAACGGCCUGCGCCAGCUCAUCGGCUCCACGAACGGUCUCGGCCUGAUCCACGAAUCGGUGAAUAGCCACGACGCCUCCAAGUGGACUCGCUCCUGGUUUGCCUGGGCCAACGGGCUUUUUGGGCAGAUGUUGCUGGACGUAAAGGAGAGGAAACCACAUCUGCUUGAGAGGAGCUACCAGUGAAGAAGGUGGAAUGGAAGAAUUAGAGGAAACCUGUGUCGGGGACAUCAUGGGAGGAGGAACAUACAUGAUUUGCUAUCACCGCCUAUUUGGCAGCAUCAACAUCUUGCGCCCUCAAAGACGUCAAUAUGGCCUGACAAAGGAAUUUACACACUUGGGUGAAAUUUCCUGGUUUAUGUACAUUAUAGCUACAUCCACGUAGGUAAAUGAACACAGGCAAAG